CGAUGGCCGGCGGGCCCUGAGCGCGGGCGCCCGGCGGUGCCCGCCCUGGCCGGCUGCCACCAUCGCCCCGACGGCGCGGGGGAGGCCGUGGCUGCUGGCGGCCGCCGCGGGGGUGGUGAUGCUGCUGGUCCUCGUGGUCCUCAUCCCCGUGCUGGUCAGCUCCGCCGGGCCCGACGGCCGCUACGAGAUGCUGGGCACCUGCCGCAUGGUGUGCGACCCCUACCCCACGGCCGGCCGCCCCGUCGGGGCCCCCCGGGGCCAGGGCGACCUGCCGCCGCCCUCCACCCUGCUGCAGGGCCCGCAGGGCAAGCCCGGCCGGGCGGGGAAGCCGGGGCCCCCGGGGCCGUCGGGGCCCCCGGGCCCCCCGGGGCCGUCGGGGCCCCCCGGGGAGAGGGGGGAGCCCGGGAGGGUGGGCCCCCCGGGGCCGCCCGGGCCCGGGCCCAACGGGGCGGUCAGCGCGGCCACUUACACCACGGUGCCCAGGGCCGCCUUCUACGCGGGCCUGAAGAACCCGCACGAGGGCUACGAGGUCCUCAAGUUCGACGACGUGGUCACCAACCUGGGCAACAGCUACGACGCGGCCACCGGCAAGUUCACCUGCAACAUCCCGGGCACCUACUACUUCACCUACCACGUGCUGAUGCGCGGGGGCGACGGCACCAGCAUGUGGGCGGACCUCUGCAAGAACGGCCAGGUGCGGGCCAGUGCCAUUGCCCAGGACGCGGACCAGAACUACGACUACGCCAGCAAUAGUGUCAUCCUACACCUGGACGCGGGGGACGAGGUCUUCAUCAAGCUGGACGGCGGCAAGGCCCACGGCGGCAACAGCAACAAGUACAGCACCUUCUCCGGCUUCAUCAUCUACUCCGACUGAGCCCACCCCAGAACCCCCUCUCCUCUGGACCUGGAGAACCUCCUCCCACCCUCAGCCCACCGUUUGUGGGAAGGGGCAAAGGGGGACCCUCCCCCACUAAGGGCCAGGGUCCAGGGGUGUCAAAAUGGGGACAGUAGCCCCAUCCUCCCUAGCCCUCCUCCCAUUGCCUGUCCCCCCCGCUACAUGACCCCUGCCUGGGGUCACCCUCCCCAAGGCUGCCCCUUGCCCCCCACGCUGAUCCACCCAGCUGGUAGUGCCAGGCCCUCCCCGGGGGUCCCGUCCCUGUCCCCCAGCCCUCAGCAGCUGGAAAAGUGUCCCCCACCCAUGCUGUAUAUAUGUAGAAUACGACUGUAUAUUGCCCAGGCUGCCCCCAAGGACCCCCUGCCCACGGGUUUGGCAUCCCCCCCAGACUGGCAUCGCCCUCCCUCCUGCCCCUGGUACAAAGCAGGAUGAAUUGGGGGUACGGUGGGGAGGGGGACGUGAGUGGCAAUGAGCAAGGCUCUUCCCCACCCCUCAGUCGUACCCAAAGGCCUCCCCACAGAGGCCCGGCCCAGCGGCGCCCUGUCUGACCAAAGCUAAUAAAAGCCCAU